AAGCGUUGAAUUGAAGUUUACGAGAGUGUUAAAUUAAAGUGGUGCAUUAAUUAAAAAGAAAAAUUACUGUUUGAAGGAAGAUGGUUGAAGAUGAGGUGAGUAAGAAGAAGGUAGGGUAUGAUUCAGAUUGCAGAGGAUAGGGAAUUACAAGAAUCGGAGUCUGUUUCGUCCUUCUGAACUCUAAUGGAGGCACUAUCCCUUCUUCCCAUAAACACUCUCUCAAAUAACCACAUUUCUCUCACUGCUUCUUCUAAUUAUGUUUCGCUCUAUUCUUCCUUACAACUCAAUCCUUCUCUCACUGCUAGAACCCUCACUUUGAGAAAAAGCGUCGUUCGUGUACAAGCCGAGAGUGAAGAUUAUGAAUUGAAGCAAAUGAGGGAUAUGGCUGCUGCCAGAAAGAGAUGGGAGGCUCUGGUCAGAGAUGGAAAAGUUAAAGUUCUUACCCCAAGGGAAGCUGGGUACGCAGUUCAGCUUUCAGGCAAGCCCCUUCUUGAUGUCCGUCCCUCAAAUGAGCGCAACAAGGCAUGGGUGAGAGCUUCAACCUGGAUUCCAAUAUUUGAUGUUGAUAAUAAGCUAGAUUUUGGAACCGUUCCCAGAAAAGUCACAAAUUUUGUUAUGGGAGGUUGGUGGAGUGGCAUGCCUACUCUAUCUUAUGACAGCCAGUUCUUAACCAAAGUUGCGGAAAAGUUCCCCAAAGAUUCUGAAUUAAUUGUUGCAUGCCAGAAGGGAUUGAGAUCACUUGCUGCUUGUGAACUACUGUAUAAUGCUGGCUACAAAAAUCUGUUUUGGGUUCAAGGAGGAUUUGAAGCUGCUGAAGAAGAGGAUCUCAUUGUAGAGGGCCCAUCACCUCUCAAAUUUGCUGGAAUUGGUGGAGUGUCAGAAUUUCUUGGUUGGACUGAUCAACAAAGAGCAGCUGCGGCCAAGGAAGGCUGGGGAUAUAGAUUAGUGUUUUCUGCACGCCUGAUUGGAGUCUUUCUUGCUGCCGAUGUGCUAUAUAUUGGUGCUCAGCAAAUUGGGCGCUAUCUUCAGGAUAUCAGGACCCAUUGAGGUAAGGUUUUAUCAAUCCUCACGGAGACAAUAUUCGUUGUGGAUGAGUAUAUACAGACAGCAGGAUAAAUAACUCAAUUUUGGAUGCUGACCCUUGGUAGAGUCUCAGUGCUCAUUCUUCACUUAAUAUGAUUUGCCAGCAGACGCUUUCUGAGAUUGUCGUAUUUGCCCCAUCUUAUUUUCACUACUACUGGAUUAUAAAUGCAAAUAGUUAGGUGACCAUUUUUAGUGUAGAUUUCUUCCAUUUGGUUUGUACUGAUACCUUGUGGCCAAAUGCUUGUACUUUUUUAUGAAUUUUCCACUAAAAGAAAAUCAACUGUCAUAUAAUCA